CUUGGGUCUCAGGAGCAACAGAUGCCCAGUGGACUCCAAACAAAGAAGAGCUUAGAUUCCUAUAAGGUAUCCCCAUCCUUGCUCCGGCGAUUGUAUGAUGGCCAGGGGAUUUCCUAUGAGGCCCUGCUCAGACUGACAGGCAAGGAAGAAAUCAGUCCCCAGGCACUUGCCUCCUCCCAAAAACGGGACAUGCAUGACUUCUUUGUUGGACUCAUGGGCAAAAGGACCUCAGAGCUUGAUAAUUCCACAGAAGGGAACAAGGAAACGCUCCCUGGCUUUGGCAACCUGAAAUACUCAUCAAACGCAGAAUAAGGUACCCCUACAGAACUGAGGACAAGCACAAUGUCUGCAGAACCUCAAGCAACUCACAUGAAGCUGAUUUCACCCACCAAAGCCUCGCACACUCAGCCAAACCAGGGCCCUUUGAUGUAUCCCUGGGGACCUCCUUGUCCCCAGCCAUUUCUCGCCAUGUUCCGUUUCCUGGAUUCUGCCCAGUAUUUUCUGCCUGUUCCUCAUUGUAACUCUCUAGUGUUCUACUGUUUGGAAAUUAUGAAAAGUAACCUGCUCCCGCCCCAUGGUGCUUUGUCCCUCUGUGUACAUACUUAACGAAUUUGCAGAUAAUUAUCUCAUGCUGCACGCAAAGAUCACCUCCUCCGCCUCCCCUUCUGUGGCACAAAUUAAGAACACC